AUGGGAAUUCAGGAUGCUGGCACCCGUGAGGUGUCUGUUGAAUGUGUAAGUUUUUGGUCAGAGGCAUGGGGAAGGUGGGGCCUGCUCAACUGCCCAGCAUCUUCCGAGGAAGAGGAUCUGCUUGGAGCAGGUUGCCAGGCUGAAGUGCUCACUGUGGCGAAGCUGACACGUGAGAGCACGAAUGAGAUAGAAGCAGGGCAUGCUGCAGGCAAGAAAUGGGCGAGGCGCCGGAGCGAUCUCGGCAGAGCUCUGAAGUUGCAGGAACAGAGUGCCCAGCGCAUGAUGAGGAUGUUGCAGGGGACGCCGGCUCUCCAUGCAGACCUCUGGUCCGAUCUGUCCAUGGCAGGCAACAAGGGUCCGACUGAGGACUCUUCCGGGAACGGAAAGAAACGCAAGGGCCCAGGACAAAACCCGAAAAAGACUACUGCCAAGAAACAAAGAAGCAUCUCUGCAUAUCAGGCUUAUGUGGCCAGCAAUGUCCGGGGCCGACUGGCAAACAGGGAGGAUGUGCAAAAGUACCGGCAGCUGUCCGAGUCUGAGAUGCAGAAGUAUGGGAACCUGGCCCAUGCCAUGACCCAAAGGCGUCGUGUCGCUGGAGGAAAACGCUCGAAGGUUCGCAGGGCAGAUCCCUUGGCUUGGCCUUUGAGGCUGAAGCGCAAGGCGGCCAGGCGGCUGCAAAGUCGCUUUGAUCCCAAGGAAGCACGCCGACAGCUCCAAAGAGAUCGGUCCGAUCCACUGUGGAUGAGGUGGCAGCAAAUCAGCUCGGAAAUGGACAGACAGCACAAUCAGGCCCAAGCAGGGGACAAGCAGGCCCGAGAGGACUUUCUGUCGCAUGUGGACUGCAAGGGUGAACUUUGGCCUCUAGAUCCUUUGAAGGACCACAUCUUCAGCUGGCGCAUCCAACGACCACCUGCCUGCUCUGAUCCUGUCCCUGACACAGGCUUCACUUCUGACUUUGUGCAACACACAUGGAUGAGCAAAGCUGCUCAAGAUGUUGCUUGUGCGCCGAGCAUCACCGGAGUUCUUGGACGGUCAAGGGAGUCGCGGCUGGCGGAGUGGGAGCGGCGGCACGUGGUUUUGCGGCCUAUGCCUGGGGUCAAACUAGCGAAAGAGUCUGAUAAUGCUCGAGCAGCCCGUGCCAUCAGACAAGCUGGGCUUGUGCUCUCCCCUGCAGCCCGCAACCUGGAAAAGGCAUUAGCCAACAUGCUGAUGACCUUUGCUGGUCAAGGCUUGAAGGAGCCGUCCAAGGUCAAAAGCAAGCAGCGAUUGCUGCUCGAUGAGAACCACGUAGUUGUCCGGUUGCAGAGGCCCGAGAUUGCCGGGUCCAUGGUCCGAUGCCUUUGGUAUCAGGUUUGCUACCUGACAUAUGAUCGGCCUGUGCGAGCCACCUUCCUGUCUCUGGAGGAGGACACGUACCUCCAGCCGACCACGAGGCAAGGUCUCAUCUUGGCCCCGAAGUGGAAACCGGGAUGUGGUCGGCAAACAUGGCUUUUCAGCCUUCCAGAGCUGGCUGCUUCCUGGGUGCCUAGCAGCAAUUGGACGGGGGAGUUCUUGUAUAUUAAAGGUUGCGGACUUGGGCCCGAAAAGGAGGAGGCUGACAACGACAGGCCAUUUUUCCUGGAUGUGCAACCCAUGGACACAGGUCCGUUUACUCUCGAUUCCGUCUGCACUUCGAAGGGUCCGAAUGGUCCAGACCAGGCAGGGUCCGAGAGUGAUGAUGAUGCUGUCCAGACAGAGGCACUCCAGACAAAGGCCCGAGUCAGCCAGGCUUUCAAAUCUGCUGCUUUGGACGUCCAUGGAAUGCUUCCACAGGAAGAGGUCGAAGACAUCAUCCAGAGAGCUGCAAAAGGCAAAACAAUACAGCUUGCGGAUGAUGUCAAGGUCCUCUUUACCUUCCGACAGCCAAGCAAGCAAAAUCCCUGUGGGGGUUUUCAGGUCCGAUGCUACUGCCACAGGCCCGACAAGAAGGUCAACAAGGCAGGGACCGAAUAUGCGCUGGCAUGUCGCCGCACUAUGUCCAUUCCAGGAAGUGGCCAAGCUGCAGAGACUCUGAAGCAUCUGUCCGAAUGGGCCCUGGCCGGCAUCCUGGUGAAAGGAAGCUAUGAGCUGAGCGACGUUCCCGGUGAUGGGGAUUGCUUGUUCACUGCUUUGGGCAGAGAGCUGGAGUGCAAGGAAAAGCUCAUCCCGGGCAUGCGGCUGCCCAGUGGCCAGAGUGGUUCGAACAUGGGCCCGAGGUGGCGGUCGCAACUGGUGCAAUCUGUUCGUCGAUUGGCCAGCAGCAGGACACAGUUUGAGGGCCUUGGCAUAUCAGACUGGCUGCAGCACUCUGGGUGGCCCGACCUGGAAUCCUACAUCGAUGGGAUGACACUGGCCGCAGAAAAUCCAGAGGAUCCACGGCAGCACUGGGGCAGGUUCGAGAGGGGGUCCGAUGCCAAGCUUGGUGUGGUGCUCCGUUCAAAGGCCCACCAAAUUAUGUGGCCAUCUGCUGGACAGGAAACCACUGGCAGAGACUUCGUCUUAGGAAACCCAGCCGAAGAGAAGCUGCAGGAGUGGUUCCUCUCUGUGUAG